AUUUGGCGCCUUAUCUCCCUGUAAGACACAGGAAUUCCAGGAACCUCAAUUCCAUGUCCCAUCGUUAAAUUUGCUUCCUUUACUUUCAAAUCCAUGGCUUUAACCCAUAUCUUAAAACCCACUAUUUCUCUUUCCUCAUAUUCUGCUCCCCACUCUUCUUUGCCACCUCUUCCCAUCAAACCUCAGAUCCAGAAACUCCUCUUUACAACUACAAGCCACAAUCUUCCAUACCCAUCUCUCAAACUCUCAAGAAGAUUGUUCCUUCCUUCUGUAUCUGGAAUCUGGGAUGCUUUAACUGGCAACAAUGAUGCACGUGAAGCUGUACUUGCAAUAAGACGUGGGAUGCUCCUCUUUAGACAGGGUGAUGUGUUGGGGUCUUUAGCUGAAUUUGAUAAAGCAAUUGAGUUGGAUCCCAGACAGAAGGCAUGUAGAUCUAUGGCAAAGGGGGCUAUCACUAUACUAUCUUGAUAGGUACGAGUUCCAUACUCUUGGUCUUAUUCUGGAUGAUUACUGUGUGAGGGAGUUAUGAAAUCUGCUUUUAAGUUGGGUUGAUGGCUCGCCUGCUCAAUUGAGUUGAGGUUCUUGUCAAGUAUUGAUUGCUUUGCCUCCCCUUUUGUCAGUAAGUUUGUUCCUUUCUUCUUCUUUUUUGAUACCAUGAGAAGAUGUUGAACUGGGUUAAUUUAUUUCCUUUAAAGGUUUGAAGAAGGUGCGGAGCAGUUCAGAUUAGAUGUUGCUCAGAACCCAAAUGACACAGAGGAGUCAAUAUGGUGCUUUCUCUGUGAGGCUCGGUUAGAUGGAGCUGAAGGGGCAAGGCAGCGCUUUCUUGAGGUAAGUUAACUGUUAACAAGUAGACAAAGCGUUUUUAAAGAACUAUCUGUCACUGUCACUUGCAAUGGGAUGAUUCUGUCACAUAAAGUCAUGAAUGCAGCAUCUUGUUCACGCUGACUUAGACUACCUGCUCUUUUUUCUGAUUGAGCAAAAGCUGAUUAAGUUGUUUAAUUUCCAAGCUCAAUGCAGUACUGGUAGAAGAUGUGGUAUAUUUACAAUAUCCAAGAAGCAUAAUGUUUUUAUUUUCAAGUGGAAUGAUCAAAUAAACUGUUUCUGAGUAAAUUCAGGUUGGUAGAGAUCCAAGACCUGUUAUGAGGGAAGCUUAUUCCAUGUUCAAAGAUGGUGGUGAUCCAGAAAAGGUAUGAAUUAAAUUGACAACUUAAUGGUUCUGGUAGUUGUCAAGUUAACAACUUAAGCCAACGCAUUUAACCUUUGUUGACAUAUUGCAUCGUUACAUGUUCUCUCAUGUUUCCUGUAUGUUCUCACAUGUAUGCAUUAAUAAUAUUGAGAAAUUCACUUGAUUUCGUUUUUUCUUUUCUUUGCUGUUAAUCUCUGUGAAAACAUGCUUACGCAUGAUCCCAUUACCAAAUUGUUGGUUUAUCAGAAAUUUUUAAA